CAACGCAAAAUUGCUGGACUGAUCCCAAGAAAUCUUAGGGUUGGAUUCUAUUCAUGGAAAUAUGAGGUCAAUGCACACUAAGGGUUUUUGACAUUCUUAAAAAUAUUGGGCUUUAAGGCUACAAGGUUUGGGGAAUGAAGUAGUUCUAGUUUCAUUAGAUUUUGAAAGUGAGAUCCCCGAAAAAUCUCCUUUCUCUUAGAUGCGCCAUGGAAUCCUCGAUUUUAAAAGAGCAGAGAGAGCAGAAAUGGAGAGAAAAACAAGGGAAGAAGUUUUCAUUGGACGAAAUCAUUGAGUCUUGCAUUGGUGGUUUUGGAGGAGCUCAGUUGUUUCAAGUGGUAGUUGUUUCUCUGGGCUGGGUCUUCGAUGUUCAGCAUACCUUCCUCACCAUUUUCACCGAUGCCCAACCUACAUGGCGCUGCACAGAGACUUCAUCCCUACAAAUCUGGGAAAUAACAGGAAUGGGCAAAUGCACAGAAGAGUCAUCGGUAUGUAAGAUGGAUACAUCACAGUGGGAGUGGGAGAGAGGGAAGGCAGCAUCCAUUAUUUCAGAAUGGGACCUUAUGUGUGGUAACAGCUUCAAAGCAGCAAUUCCUGGAUUGCUUUUCUUUGUUGGAGCAUUAGCAGGCUACAUAAUAUUGGGGCCACUGGCAGAUACAUGGCUAGGUCGCAAAAGAAUGCUAAUCCUUUCCUCCUUCAUGCUCUCUGUCUCCGGCAUUUUAACAGCCAUGUCUCCUAACAUAUGGAUCUACUCUCUUCUCCGAGCAAUCACAGGCUUCGUCAAAGCCCCAAUUGCAACUUGCUGUCUUGUACUCUCUACAGAGCUCGUAGGGCGCAAAUGGAGAGGCCUCAUUGGUUUUCUCUUAUUCUUAUCCGGCACAAUCGGAUUCCUUUCAAUUCCAGCCCUCGCCUACCUCACGAGACUCCAAUUUUCAUGGCGAAUGACGUACAUUUAUCUAUCCCUAAUUCCCCUGCUCUAUUCGCUAUUUCUUCUGCCCUGUGUCUGGGAGUCACCCAGAUGGCUAUUACUGCAGGGGAGAUCUGAAGAAGCUCUGCAGAAUUUGAAAAGACUGGCGGAAUUAAACGGGGGAUCAUUACCAGAAAAUGUAAGAAUCGAAGACCGCCGUGCAGAAACCCAAUCAGAUUCGGCACUUUCGCGUUUGUGGGGAACACAGUGGGCCCGAAAAAGGUUAAUUUUAGUAAUGGCAGUAGGCGCCGGAAUCGGGUUAAUUUAUUUCGGACUGCCCCUCGGAGUCGGAAAUCUGGGCUUCAAUUUGUAUAUCAGUGUCACACUUAAUGCUCUCUCUGAGCUUCCAGCUGGGAUCAUCUCGACUCUCCUGGUCGCCCGAGCCCGACGGCGAAGAGCGAUUUUGCUGUUAACCCUAACCAGCGCCAGCUUUUGUUUUGUGUGUGUAUUUCUAUCUGGCGACAGAACAAAUCCUGCCGAUCCAAGCUCAAAUCAAACGAAAUCCACAGCUGGGAAAUAUCCACGGCUUGUAGGGGAGUUGGGCGCAUUUGUGAGCGCUGUUACGGCUUUCAAUGUGAUGCUGAUUUUCUGUCUGGAAUUGUUCCCAACCACGGUUCGAAACUCCGCAAUGUCGAUGUUCAGACAGGCAUCUGGAGUUGGGGCAAUUGCCAGUCCGGUGAUUGUUUUCAUCGGACGCAACUCCCCUGCUCUUUCCUUCGCCUUAUCUGGGAUUGCUAUAAUUUUAAGCGGAUUCUUCGUUUUAGGGCUUCCAGAAACAAAAGAUCAGCCCCUGUAUGACACAUUGGAAGGCCAAGAAUGGGAGGAGAAGGAUUUAAUUAACAGGUCCAAUAAACCAUUGCUUUCUUAACCAGAUGGAGAAUGCAGUGGCUGAGGACCUCCUCAAAGACCCAAUAUGAUGAUCUGCUGGACAUUGUGCAAAUUCUGAGUAUCUUUUCAAAUCAAACCCCCAUAGGAAUUAAUGGAGUCUUCUUGUUUUCAUACCUUUUCCAACGAAUCUCCUGCUGCACUACGAAAAUAUCAGCACAA